AGAUGGUUCCAGUGGGGUUGUUCCUCCACCAGAUAUUCCCCAACAAGCUCACCAUUUUCACAUUUCUUUUUUCAUUUCUCCUUAGCUUACAGCUUAUCAUAUUUCACCAGUUUACUACAACCAUUAAUUAUACUUUUCUUUGCUCUGUCCACUUAACUUUUUGGGGGCUAUAUAUACCUGAAAUACUUCACUUAUGUUCCACACCAGAACACUAAAGACACACAAGAAAACCAAACACGGUUUCUCUAUUAUUUUCUUGUCUUAGUUAUGGCCAUCUUUAAGGCUUUCAUUGCUUCACUUCUCAUCUCUCUUCUCCUUCUCCAACUUGUUGCUGCUGAUCAACUGGUGACAAGUGCCAGCAAGAACAAGGGAACUGCUCCCCCUAAGAAAAUUGACUGCGGCGGGGCUUGUGCGGCAAGGUGCCGAUUAUCAUCGAGGCCACACCUAUGCAAGAGGGCAUGCGGGACAUGUUGUGCACGCUGCAACUGUGUUCCACCGGGGACAGCCGGUAACCAAGAAAUGUGUCCUUGCUAUGCUAGCUUGACCACCCACGGUGGCCGACGCAAGUGCCCUUGAGUGUUAACCGACAAUCGGAACGAAUCUUUCUCUUUUGAUGUUGUUAUGAAAUUAAUAAACGUAUGCAUGGUUUAGUUAAGAAUAAUUCUAAAAAAAAAAAAAAAAAAGUGACCUUUGUAAAGCACGAAUCAUUUUACUUAAUCACUUGUUUUUUUUAGCGAUAUUAUAUGAUGUAUGAUUUCUUAUUUUGAGUUUGAAUAUAUAAUAAAUAAAUAAUCGAAAUUUUCUUUAUUUUUA